AUGGCUGCUGUAUUUCCAAGAACGUGUUACAAAUGUGGUGAAGCUGGCCAUGUUGCUGACGAUUGUACCCAAGAAGAAAGAUUGUGUUACAACUGUCGUAAACCAGGUCAUGAAUCAGGUGAUUGCCCGGAACCAAAACAAGCCACUUCUAAACAAUGUUACUCAUGUGGUGACGUAGGUCACAUCCAAAGUGAAUGUCCUAACCAAGCCCAAGGUGCCAAGUGUUACAACUGUGGUCAAUUUGGUCACAUUUCCAAAGACUGUGACCAACCUCCAUCUGGCCAAGCUCCCCCAUUUAGGAAAUCCUUUGGUGGUUCAAGAGGUGGUGGACACUCUGCUUCAGGCACCACUUGUUACAAGUGUGGUGGUCCCAACCAUUUUGCUAGGGAUUGUCAAGCUGGUACUGUCAAGUGUUAUGCUUGCGGUAAACCAGGUCACAUUUCCAAGGAUUGCCACUCUGCUGCUGGAGGUUCAAAUGUUGCAGCAAAGACUUGUUACAACUGUGGAAAAUCAGGCCAUAUUUCUAGGGAAUGUACCGCUUAA